AUGCCGGCCAGUGCUAUCGCCGGGUCGUGGGCUUCGCUACCGACUCCUUUGACGGACUGGGUGUCCGUAUAUGAUGUGAUUCAGUCCAUGGGCUUCGAGCAAAUGACCCCGGUUCAAUCGUCCACUAUACCACUUUUUAUGAAAAAUAAGGACGUCGUCGUCGAGGCCGUGACCGGUUCAGGAAAAACGCUUGCAUUCGCGAUUCCAGUCCUGGAGCGGCUCAUACGGCGAGAAACAAGGCUCCGCAAGAACGAAGUGGGCGCGCUGAUCAUUAGUCCGACGAGAGAGCUUGCAUCCCAGAUCCACUCUGUUUUCUCGCUGUUCUUGUCGUCCCAACCAUCCGAACCAGUGUCAGAUCCUGAAAACUCGCCGGAUUUGUAUCUGAAGCCUCGACAUGCAUUCCCUCCUCCCCUGCUAUUGAUAUCAUCCAACGAGUCAUCGCAUGCUCAGGACAUCCAACGAUUUAUUGAGACGGGAGCGGACAUCGUCAUCGGGACUCCUGGUAGAAUCGAAGAAUUUCUUCUUGGCAAGGGGCGGGCGGUAGUGAACGUUAAGGAGCUUGAAGUACUUGUCCUCGACGAGGCUGAUCGAUUGCUGGACUUGGGCUUUCAGGCGAGCCUCACACGCAUUAUUACGCAUCUUCCCAAGCAACGGCGUACAGGCCUGUUCAGUGCAACGAUGACGGAUGCCAAUGCCAUGUCGGAGCUCGUGCGGGUGGGUCUGCGCAACCCCGCACGGGUCGUCGUCAAGGUACAAUCCAAGAGGAUCAAGAAUGUCGACGCAGGAAAACUCCUCGGCAAGACCGAAAUAAUAGAGGAACGGCGGACGCCUGCCAACCUUCAAAACUUCUAUAUCACAUGUAGAGCCUCAGAGAAGACCAUACAACUGUGCAGAAUUCUCAAACAUGAAAUCGAGCAACAUUCAUCAUCGCGGUUCAUUAUCUACUUCGCCACAUGCGCCUGCGUCGAUUACUUUUAUCGCGUACUACCAACGUUAAUACCUCCUAGCAUGGCCCUGUAUUCUCUCCAUGGCCAUCUCCCACCUGCCACUCGUACAAAGACGCUGUCAUCUUUCACCACCCAUGCGACGUCUCCUCAGAACCCCGCAGUAUUGCUGGCAACAGACGUAGCUGCUCGCGGCCUGGACAUACCCGACGUCGACGUUGUCAUACAAUACGACCCCCCGGCAGAUAGCAAAACGUUCUCUCAUCGUUGCGGGCGCACCGCGCGGGCGGGACGCAGUGGUCGCGCGUGGGCUCUGCUAUGUGGUCGGGAGGAGGACUACGUUGAUUUCCUCGCGGUGCGGAAGAUACCGCUCAAGCGACAUUCCUACUUUGCCGACGACGCUCAACCUUUUCCGACCCCGGAAGACGAUGUACGGCCUGAAGACGAUGCUGUGGUGGCUGCCACUGAAAAAAUCAGGCGCAAGGUGGCAACGGAUAGAGGACUAUACGAUAAAGGUGUCAAGGCAUAUGUCUCUUUCGUCAGAGCAUACUCCAAACAUGACGCGUCAUACAUAUUCCGCAUUAAGGACCUUGACCUCACAGGCGUCGCAAAAUCUUUUGGGUUAUUAAGGCUACCGAAAAUGCCGGAGUUGAAGGACCAGUGUUUGGAAGAUUGGACGAAUGCGGAUGUUGACUGGGAUGUGUAUGCAUACGUCGACUCCGCACAAGAGGCCAAGCGUCUUUCUACAGUCAACGAGCGUAAACGGACUACACCAGUGGAGACUGGCCGGAAACAGAAGCGCAAGAAAGUGGAGCAGGCUUGGAGCAAACAGGUAGCCAAGAAGGAUGAAAAGGAAAGACGCAAGGUGCAGAAGGAGCGGAAAAGGAAGUGGUUGAAGGCGCAGCAAACCACGGCGGAGCAACCGAAAGACCCACGUGAAGGACAUGGCGGAGAUGACGACAAUUGGGAGGAUCUUGCCAGAGAAGAGAGAAUGGCAAAGAAGGUGAAGAAGGGCCAAGUCAGCCAGAGCGGAUUUGACGAGCAAUUCUUCGAUCUAUCGUGA